AAGUGCAACGGGUGGUGAAAGCCAAUGACCGUGACUAUAAUGAAAAGUUCCAGUACGCAGAUAAUCGUAUCCACACAUCCAAAUACAACAUUCUCACCUUCUUACCAAUUAACUUAUUUGAGCAGUUCCAAAGAGUGGCAAAUGCCUAUUUCCUUUUCCUUCUGAUAUUGCAGUUAAUUCCAGAAAUCUCCUCCUUGACCUGGUUUACCACUAUCGUGCCUUUGAUCCUGGUUAUAGCCAUGACGGCCAUUAAAGAUGCUACAGAUGAUUAUUUCCGCCACAACAGUGACAAUCAAGUAAACAACCGGCAGUCUGAAGUGCUCAUUGAUAGCAGGUAAGAAAUGCAUCCUUUGAGUUACUAUUAAGAUUUGUGGGGCCCCAAAAUAGGUCUUUUCAAUUGGUGGCUUUCUAUCUUAAUUAAGCAUGCUUCUU